AUGAAAAUCGCCCCGGCUCGCGCCACUACUUUCCUGAUCCGACCUAACCGCAGCAUCGGCAUGAUGGGCCGUGACCGGGCUUCGCAGCUAAUUAGCAAGCAGCCUUGUGCUUUUGCGCUUGUUUUGUUUCCCGAUGAAAGCACCACGUGUAGCCUCUCGGUCAUCGACGGCGAGAUCCGACCGUUGGGCUUUACUUCCGUCGUAAGACCUAGCAUGAUCUACAACGCCCUAUAUACUCUAUAA